AUGUUCGAGGAGAAGCUGAUCGUUGGUGUGGCUUCCGCCUGUUCUUCGCUAACUAUCGUUGCAUGCCUGAUCGUCAUUCCUUCACUCUAUAACACCAUUAAUGAGAUCCACAGCGAAGUUAUCGAUGGCGUCGCAGUGUUCCGCGUGGAGACCGAUUCUGCAUGGAGCAAAAUGAUGGACUUGCAAAUAGCUGUCGCUCCUCCGAGUAAGCCAAGAGACAAUCCAUUCGCCUCUAUCUUCCGAAACAAAAGGCAGGCCGGUCUUCCUUCUUUCUGCCAGUGCACACCACCAGUAGUCAACUGCCCACCUGGACCACCUGGACCUCCCGGACAGCCUGGACAACCUGGUAUGCCUGGCGCACCUGGUCAACCAGGAAUGGACAACACGGUCACCUAUGCCCCAAUUAUCUGCCCUCCUCGCGACACAAGUUGCAUUCAAUGCCCACCUGGACCUCCCGGACCACCCGGAUCAGAUGGAGUUCCCGGAAUGCCUGGACCUAAUGGAAAUCCUGGUCAGCCCGGACAACAGGGUCAGCCGGGACAGCCGGGACCUGCAGGACCUAUGGGAGAUGCAGGAGCACCAGGAAUGCCCGGAAUGGAUGGACAGCCCGGACAGCGUGGACAAGAUGGUACCACAUCGACCUCAACUCCUGGAGGACCUGGACCUGCAGGACCAAUGGGACCACCCGGUAACGCUGGAACACCUGGCCUGCCAGGAGCCGAUGGAAAUCCUGGAGCGCCUGGGCCAGCUGGACAGCCUGGACCACCAGGGCCACUCGGACCUGACGGUAAUCCAGGAAAAGCGGGAGGAAGUGGAGGUCCUGGAGGUGAUGCUGCUUACUGUCCAUGUCCACCUCGCUCAGCUGUAUUGGUGUCUCGUUACACCCACUAA